AUGCUCGCGACUUUGGGCUCCCUGGCGGCCGCCCUUUGGGCAGGGUUCCACUUCCGGACUCUUCUGCUGGGUGCCGUAGCCUUUUUGUUCUUUGUUGAUUUCCUGAAAAGGCGGCGCCCAAAAAAAUACCCACCGGGGCCCCCAAGCCUUCCUUUCUUUGGCAACUUCUUUCAACUGGAUUUCCAAGAGGCGCACCUGGCGUUUCAGCUGGGUUUGGACUCCUUACCAAGAGUGAGAAGAGAAGAGGUUUUAGACCUAAUCAUAAAGAGCUCCAUCAUUUCACAAUUUGGUAAAGAUGAGCCAGAAAAAGAUAAAGGAAGUUACAGAAGAUUGAUCAUGUCAACUGACCAGGAAUGGAAGGAGCAAAGAAGGUUUGCCCUGACAACAUUAAGGAACUUUGGUUUAGGAAAGAAGAGCUUAGAAGAACGCAUUCAGGAGGAGGCCCGCCACCUCGUUGAGGCAAUAGAAGAGGAGAAAGGACAGCCUUUUGACCCUCACUUCAAGAUCAAUAAUGCAGUUUCCAAUAUCAUUUGCUCCAUUACCUUUGGGGAGCGCUUUGAGUACCAGGAUAGUCAGUUUCAGGAACUGCUGAAGUUGCUGGAUGAAGUCACCUAUCUGGAAGCUGGAAGGUGGUGCCAGCUCUACAAUGUCUUUCCAUGUAUAAUGAAAUUCCUUCCUGGGCCUCACCAAACACUCUUUAGAAAUUGGAUGAAAUUGAAACUGCUUGUUUCUCAUAUGAUUGAAAAACACAAGAGAGAUUGGAAUCCUGCCGAAUCGAGAGACUUCAUUGAUGCGUAUCUCAAGGAAAUGGCAAAGUAUACAGGCAAUGCUACUUCAAGUUUCCAUGAAGAAAACCUUGUCUGCAGCACUCUGGACCUUUUCUUUGCUGGAACAGAGACAACUGCUACUACGCUGCGCUGGGCUCUGCUUUACAUGGCCAUCUACCCAGAAAUACAAGAGAAAGUACAAGCUGAGAUCGACAGAGUAAUUGGCCAGUCACAGCAGCCCAGCACCACUGACCGAGAGCACAUGCCCUACACCAAUGCCGUCAUCCAUGAGGUGCAGAGAAUGGGCAACAUCAUCCCCCUGAAUGUGCCCAGAGUAGUGACGUUUGAUACCACUUUGGCUGGAUACCACCUGCCAAAGGGGACCAUGGUCCUGACCAAUCUGACUGCACUGCACAGGGACCCUGCAGAGUGGGCCACCCCUGACACAUUCAAUCCAGAGCAUUUUCUGGAGAAUGGACAAUUUAAGAAAAGGGAAGCCUUUCUGCCUUUUUCAAUAGGAAAACGGGCUUGCCUUGGAGAACAGUUGGCCAGGGCAGAGCUAUUUAUUUUCUUCACGUCCCUUGUACAAAAAUUAACCUUCAGGCCCCCAGCCAAUGAGAAGCUGAGCCUGAAGUUCAGAAUGGGCCUCACCCUUUGCCCUGUCAGCUACCGCAUCUGUGCUGUUCCCCGGGCCUGA